AUGGUGUCUGGUCAAAAAAACAUUCAGGUCCCCCCUCUGGGUCCACAGAUGCAGACGGAGCUGGACCAGAUAUCUGUGCGGCUUCAAAAGGAUGGCUUUGCUCCAUCGAUCAGCGCAGAGGAGCGGCAGCACCACUUGUGGCAGCUACUGCUUAACAGUGAGGCAAAGCUUCAGUCAGCUACCCAGGAGCUGCAGACUGUGCGUACCCAGCAAGCCAAUGAGAUGAAGGAGGUGAGGCACUUUGCAUUCUUUGACUACGAGAGAGAGAAUGAAAACCUGCGACAUGAGCUUCACCAGAUCAGACAACAGCAAGAGAGUCAGAGCAAGGAGCUGGCAGAGUUACUGGCUCAGGAGGACCUUGGGGAGAUGGGCUUGAGCAGCCCCAGUGAGCAGGUGGCUUACUUGCUGGUGGAGAGGGCCACAUUGCUGGAACGACUGGAGGCUGCUGAGAGGAGACUGGAAAGUCAAAGCCUCACUGGCAACUUGAUGGAUUUUCACCAACAGGAACAAAUUCAUCCCACAAUGGAGGAGGAGCUAAGGCAGCAGAAAAGCACAGUUAACAUGACAAAGUGUUCAUCCCAGAGUCCAUGGAGGAAACUGUUUGGGCCACGCAGGUCUGGUCAGAGCAAACACAAUAUUAACCCUGCCCACAGUGAGGAGAUUUCCCAGAAGCAAAAUGAGUGCCAGCGGCUGGAGCGGGACCUGGAAGAGGCAUCUAGGAGGCUGACGAUGGCUCAUCAGGAUAUCCGUAGACUCAACAAUGAGCUGGAUGCUGUCAGAAGCAACAGUCUAGCCUCAGGAUCUGAGCUUCAGGGAAUGGUCGAAGAAGUAGAGAACCUGAGGAAGGAAGUGAAGACACUGAAAGACUGUGAUAGGAUGAUGCUGCAGCAAGCUAAAGAGCAAAAUGAUAGACUAGAUGCUGAGAACAGAGCUCUGAGGGAGAGAGUGUGCAUUUUAGAGUCAGGAAAGAAAACUCUCCUGGACCAGUUGACAACAAAUGAUGCAGACUCAGAUGGUGUAGCUGAAGAGGAUCGAAAGGACAAAGGCGUUGACAGUGAACCACAAAAUCAGUCAACCUUGUCAGCUCAAGAAACGGAUCACAUUCACAAACGGUGUCAUGAGGCGAUGGAGGAUGGGCUCAUGCAGGUGAAGGACCUGCAACGGCAACUCCAAAGGCUGCGCAAGGAACAGGAAGAGUUGGAGGAGAGGAACGAGGAGCUGGAGGCCCUGCUGGGGGAGGCCCAGAAUGCCAGCAAGGAGGACAGGCAUCGCCAUGAGGGAGAACUGGAAGGACUGCACAGGAGGGUCAGAAACCUGGAGGCAGAGCUGAAGAAGCAAAACACCCACGAAAAAAUGUUGAGAAACGGGGGCAAGGUCAAAGUCACUGAGUCCUACUUACAGCUGCACCUAAAGGACAGCAGCCAGGAGAGAGUGGCUCUGCUAGAAGCUCGUUUGACUGAAGAGAAGGAAUGGAGGAAGCAGCUGGAGAUGGACCUCAGCGCCGCCCAGGCCGCCCUCAAAAAAGACAAAGAAGCUUUGCAGAUAGGUGAGCGAGAGCUGAAGAAGCUGAGACUUGAGGUGAACAGCCUUCAGACAGAAUGCCAACAAGGAAAAACACUCAUCAAGAGCCUCACCCAAGUCAAAGGGGAAAAAGCAGUUCUGGAGGAAAAGUUGGCCCAAAUGGAGCGCGCCCACAACAGAAUCCAGACUGAGCUGGAACGCUACAAGGAGAGUAACCGAACUCCAGAGGACCUGAGGGGAAACAGGCUUCAGGUCGAACACCUGCAAGAGCAAACUGACCGGCUGACUGCUGAACUCAGUAGCCUCCAGGCAACGCACAACAUACUGAGGGAUGAAAUGGCUUCUGAGCGGCUGCAGGCAGCUGAGCUCCAGACCAAGCUGAGCUCCAGUGUCCAGGAGAAGCUGAUGGCUGAAGGGGAAAAAGAGAGACUGGAACUCAAGAUACAGCACCUCAGCGAGCAGCUUAAGUGGCAUCAAGAGCAGCUCUCCUCUACAAAUGAAGCCAGCAGCAUGAGGCCUGAACUGCUCACAGCUCAUAUAGAAUCUAGGCUUAGUCCAGUGGAGAGGACCAAGUGUGAAAACUUUGAUCAGCCUUCAUGCCUGAAGCAGGAGCUGACCAUGCUGGUGAAGGAGCGACAGCUGGCCUCUCAGCACCAGCUGGCUUUGCAAGCUCAGGUCAAUGAAGCCCAGGCACGCAUCAAGGUUCAGGACUCAGUGCUGAGCCAGAAGGCAGAGGAGGCUAAGCAGAUGAAGCAGGACCUGCAGAGAGUCCAGAGCCUGUUCACCUCAGCAGAGCGAGAGCUACGCUAUGAGAAAGAGAAGAGCAUGGACCUGAAGAGGCACAACACCCUGCUGGACCAGGAGAAACUCAAGCUUUGUGCAGAGCUGAAGCAGGUUCAGACCAAGCUGGUCCAGGUGGAACAGAGUCUCCACGCUCAGGCGGCUGAGUGUGAACGUCAGCAACAGAAAAUAAGAGAGCUGGAGCUGGAACUGGCACGCAACUCCACAACUCGUAGUGCUACCGCCAGUCUGCAGCAGGACCUGCAGGCGGAGAGGGCACGGGUCAUUGCUGCUGACAAGAAGGUGUUGGAGCUGCAGCAGCAGCUGAAGAGUGCUCAGCACCAGCUGCGUGUGGAGGAAGCUCGAGCCAGUGAGAGUAGCCGCAUGGAGAGGGACAGUAGGGAUUUGUCUGACAGCUUGUCAGCACUGAGAGCCCACCAGCAGGAGGAGCACAUCACCAGGAGGCUGUUAGAACAACGAGAAGAAGAGCUGCAGCAACAGGUGCGCUCUCUGAGACUGAAGGAGGCCUCACUGACCAGGACAAGUACAGAGCUUAGCCACCGUGCCCAGCAGUUGGACACCCGCCUGGCCGUCCUGGAGGCUGAGCUUAGCAAGGCCAAAGAGGAGGCAAGAGACAGCCAGAGGUCGAGCCACAGGCUACAGGAGGAGCUGGCAGCCAGUCAGCAGGAGUGUGACAGACUGCAGGGGGAGCUGCAGCAGGUUCUCCUCCAACUUGACACACAUGUCAGGAAGUACAACGAAAAGCAGAGUCAGCAUAAGAUCAAACUGCGUCAGGCCAAGCAGGUCUUCCUCAAGGCGACAGCACAGAGGGACCGCACCAUCCAGAGACUGGAGAACGAUCUGGUGCUGGCCUCCAGCCUCUCACACCAGGAGAAAGAGAGGAUCCACACGGUGAUGGAGGAAAAUGAGAAGCUUUUGGAGGAAAAGAGGGAACUGCUGAGGCAGAUAAGUGAGGCAGAGGAAAUGUGCAGCAAAGGCAUGAGGACCGCAUCCACUGCCCAACACAGGCUCAAUGUCUUAGAAAUGGAAAACAGACAACUACAGGACCGAACACUGAAGCUCUCCAAUCAAGUUAGUUCCUUAGAGCGUGCCCUGAGGAAUGUCCAGUCACUCUACAGCCUGGAGAAUGCCAAGAAAGUGGUCCCCUCUGAAGGUGUCUGUGACAACGUCCUACAUAAAACCACGCUGAGUCUGACAUCAGGCUCCUGUGACCCGCUGGACAUCCUGGACAAAAUCUGCCGUGUGAAGGUUGUGGACGGCACCCAGGCCUCGGUCUCUACACACCAGCCAUCAGAGCAGGGCUACCUGAAUCUCACCUCCCCACUGUUUCCUUCAAAUGCCAAAGGCCCAGAGAAGAGCUCUAAGAGCAGUGAGCAGGUUUGAGAGGUGGUAGGUUCUGACGUCGUCGUUGCAUUUAUUUGCAAGACCAAGCUAUACCGUCUUGGUUGAGUGCUAUAUAUCAACGUAAUGGGAUAGCACUAUAGCAUUCAUCACAUCAACUGGAGGCAAAGAUCUAAAUAAAGGAGUGAAACAAUAUGUAAAA